CACCUCACCCCGAGCACACCACCCACCCAGAGCAAGAGCUCAAGGCGGUGCUUUACGCCUGGCCCCACAGAUCCCAGUCCGGACCACACAUCCGACCCCCCUCGGAAAGAGGGCGAGAUCCCCGCCGCUCCGUUUUGUUUCAAUGGUCUGUGCAGCCAGCGAUGCCCGUUUCCCCAAAGGCUGCCCCUCAUUAGCAUGAACGGGGGUGGGGGUGUGGAGAAGGGGGGGAGAGGAAGCGAGCCAAAGCCCUCGCUGCGUUUUCCAGCCUGGGGAACCCUGUCUACAAAAAUGACAGCUCGAGCCCUCUGGCUUCUCUGUUUGAUCGUCGGAUGGUCCCCCGAAGCCCCGGUGGCGGAGAGAAAAGCCCCGCCGCCGCACCGAAAGCCCGACGCCCGGGAGACACCGGGGCCGCGCGCGCAGCCGCUGCCCGAGUUCGCGCGCCGCCCGCGCGCCGCCUACGCAGGACCGCGCGCCUGGCCGGACCCCCGGCGCCGGAAGGCCCCGCCGCCCGCCGACAACCGUGCAGGCUUCCGGGAUGCAGUGCGCGCGCCCGCGGGGCUUCCGGGCCCGCGCCUCGCGCAGGCGGAGAACCGCGCGUCCCCGCCUGAGGACUCCCCGCGACGUGCGCGCUCUCGGGCCCCGCGACCCCCGGGCGCGCGCGCCGCCAGUCCCGCCCACCCGAACCGGCCUCGCGCCGCCGCGCAGCCUUCUGGAACCCCGCAGGCGCUGUCGCCCGAGGACGGGGAGCCAGAGACCCAGUCCUGCGCGCGUGCCUGCAGCGCAGACGCGGAUGAGCGGGAGGCUUACUGUGCCAGUGAAUUCGCAGCCGUGAACGGAAUCGUGCACGACGUGGACGUGUUGGGCGUGGGCAUGCGCCUGGUGACUCUACUGGUAGAUCCCGACGGGCUGUACAAGAUGAGCCGCCUGUACAUCACUCCCGACGGCUUUUUCUUCCGCGUGCAUAUACUAGCCCUGGGCUCUUCCAGUUGCCAUAAGCCGUGUCCAGAAUUUAAACCCGGAAGCAGGUAUAUUGUGAUGGGCCACAUCUACCAUAAGAGACGGCAGCUCCCUAGUGCUCUGCUCCAGGUCCUACGGGGGCGCCUGCGGCCAGGAGACGGGCUGAUCCGGGGUAGCAGCGGCUAUGUGAAGAGGUUUAACCGAAAGCGGGAGUGGCAAGUUCGAGGUGCCACCCACACCCAGUGCUUUUGAACAGGCCAACUUGGCACUUGUGGUCGGUCCACAUGGCGGGAGGCUUCUGUGAAACUGGGCCCACAGCUAUGGACCGCUUGUGCGGUUUAGCGCCAAAGCUGUCACUUUAUCUACAAAGUGCCGACAGGUGUGCUCUAGAGCACAGUGGGAAAGUUCUAUAAGGGCACACAACCCAGACACUAGACCCCGAAGGUCAACAGAUCACACCACUUUUGCUGUUCUUAAGUUAUUUUAAUUUAAUACAUUUCCCCAGUGGAGACAGUUCACAAAACAUUUCUCGAAUUUAAAUAUACAACUUUGAAUAGUAUCUAUCAUGUGUCAAGCCAGAUUUUGUAUUUAAAGCAUCGAGUUUUAAAUUCCAGACACCAGAGUAAGCAUCCCAGUCAUUUACAUAUGAAAUGUCAUGUAGAUCAAAUGCCAGCCAAGUUCAAAAACUAUUACAUUUCAAGGGCUAAUUCAAGCAAAACAUCAUUCAAGGUGUGUUCGUGACAUAACAAAAUGGAAGCCCCUGUGUAUUGCCACGCCCCCUUGUUCCUGAUAACUCAUUUUGUGCCAAACUGGCACCCAUUCCAGUUUUCGGGUGUAUCUGAUGUCAUUUUUAUGUUACCUGGUAGUAUCAGGAUGGUGUUUGUAAAGCAGUAAAUCUCGCUGUGAAAUGCGAAAGUGCCUGGCUUUGCUUCGCUUGUCUUUGCUUCAGCGACCCUAAAGAUUUGAAAACUGGCCUUUCUCAAACUUUCUUUCUGAACCUAGGGAGC